AAAAAAAAAAAAAAAAAAAAAAAGCUAGGGAGCGCGCAAGUCCUUAGACGUCCGCUCCCGAACCCCGCCGCAACGUGCCUUGGGAGGGUUUCAACGUUGGACCGCUGUGAAGAAAUGCGACUUCCCAGCUGCGAAGCGGUGGGGAGGCCACCGCUGAGCGUCUCCAACAAAAGCUCCAGGGGGAGGAGGGGGAGUAAACAAUAAAAAAAACCUGCCCCGAUGCCCGUGUCACGCCCCGGGCUCCCGUCCGGCUGGGGCGAAGUGGACAUCAUCCGGUUCCCUCUCUUCCUGCGACCCGGCCCAAAGGUGUCAAACAGCCUGGCGGCGGUCGAGUUUGAUCAGCGCGGAAACCCAGGUCUUGGGGAAGGGGAUACAAUCCCCAGCCCACUACCAUCCCCACCCCAUCCCCUUUCUUCCUCCUCCCACAAGCCAAGGGAGGGUUGCUCGUCGACGACAAAAAAGGGCGUCGGUUCGGCCACCACAGUCCUCCUUUUCCCUCCCCUGGAAAACUGGGCCGGUGACAACGCCCGCUGGGCUCUUCUCGUGACGGAUUUGGCGACUUGAGAGCAUGGCGCUCUCGGCAACAGCCUGACGGAGUCCCGAUCUGGGCUCGGCAACGACCGAGACAGAUGGCAUAGCCUGCGCUUGCUGCUUCGGGCACUUCUGCCGUUGGGUAAAUGCUGGAUCAGGCAAUUUUUCGUCUCUUGCCUACUGGGAUCUUUGGGGUUCGGAGUAUUAGGGCAUCGAGAGAGGGCUGCAAGAUGUCAUCGGGCAUGGGAGUCUCGGGGGCGAUCAAGGUUUAAUUUAGAGUUCUGUAGGGUAAAACUACGACAUCUGGUGUGUGUGUGUGUGUGAUGAUUGGGUGCUACAGUUGACGAGGUCUUCUUGAAAGAGUAUUGCAUUUGGGGUAUGUGAUUCCUCACAGCCAGCGCCAUAUGUUUUGCACGACCGUGGCUUCUGUUCCGUUACGAGUACGCUACAAAGUGAAACUUGUGUUGUUGAAAGAUUCUCGAUAUAAAAGUCCUCCGUCUUCACCCUACGACUUGC